AUGCGCCAUUUUACACUUCUUCCGGAAGUGGCUUGUGCGCGCGAGCAACAAGGUUUCUUCGAAGAUAAGGUGAGUAAGGCAGUCACCAUGUACAAAGUGGAUUUGCCGGAGGACCAGUACACUUCAAAAGCUGUGGAGAGACGCAGAGCAGCAGAAUCUGCACGAAAGGAGCGCAUUUUUAAUACCCGGCUUCGCGUAAUGGGGCUGGACCUCCACGGUCUGGAGCAACAAGUGCAGGACAGAAAACACCAGGAACACUUGGAGAGACAACGGGACAAGGCUCAUGAUUUUCUUAGACUGAACCAAGACGAAGCUCUCGUGCAGCAGGACAACAGUGAAAAAGAGCAGCAAAUCAAUGUGCAUUCACAUUUGGCCCAUUACUGGUCCACCUACCAGCGUGAUGCAGGUCUCAACAAUGACCUCAGGGGGGCGCUGACGCACCCAGUUCCAGAGAAUGAGCUGGGCCCUGCCAGUAUGCAAAUGUUUGAGGGAGAAGACAAAGGAGCAAAAGACAGAAGGAUAGAACAAAUAAAAUUUACAGAAAGAAAUUUGAGUGCACAAAAGAGCGACAAUGAGCGUAGACGCAUGGCAGAGAAGCACCGAGACACACUCACUGGUCUGGGACUGAUGUAUGAGGACCAAAGAGGGAGAGAGAUAUGUGCAUUGGAAGAAGACUGCAGAAGAGCUGCACGUGUGGCCCUGGACAACUACAAUCACGCUCUGACCACAGAACAGGCUGAACAAAAGAGAGAAGAGAGCAGACGAGAACGGAGGGAAAACCUAGCAGAGGUGUGGCACACCGUGACGUCAGACAUGAUGACGGAGUGUCCAGAAGCAGCAGAGAAGCAGCCGGGAGGAGGGGUCCUGACUGACCGGUGGAGAGGGAUGAGCCCCGCACAGCUCAGGGCCAUCCACAGAGAGAGAGAGAAGCAGUGUGAGGAGAAACGGAAACAACAAGACAAAGAUAAAUGUUCGCGUACCUCCUUCGGUGUGCUGCUGCUGAAGGCUUCUCAAGCAGCAGAGGACGAUGAGCAGAGAGAGACAGAGAUGAGGAGACACAGGAGGCGAGAGAUGGACCUGAGCAACAGGCUGCUAGCCAGAGAACAGCAGACACACCAAGAGUAUUUGGACAAAAUUGUAUACACCAACAAACCAUCAAAGGACUACUUUCUCCAGUUCAAUACAGGCUCUCGCUGA